AUGGCUAGCGGCAGUGGCUGGGCCAGCCUCUCCUCCUUCCUCCCCUGGUCAAGAUCCAUGGUUCAUCCAUGGGGUUGUUCUGGCAUCGGCCAGGACGCCAGGUUGCGGUGCGGCACCGAUGCCAUGUUGUUCGGGGCGAUACAUGGUGUGGUUCAUAUCGCGCAUGCAGUUUGGAGCAUGGGAACAUGCAAUGCAAAAAUGUUGCGUUUUGUGUAUAAAAAAUACGAACUCAUUUGA